AAUACGCUGAAAAGACCCGCUCAAAGUAGACCUCGAAAAGGAUCGAUCUUUUUGCAUUUCCAGCUGGUGUAUCCUUUGCUGCAUUCACGUGAGUCGCUCGACCGGAACAAGAUUGUUCCUGAUCGUUCUGGAAAGUACGGUUGGCAGGGGUUUGGCUGUGCGCGAACUCUUCUAGCCCGUAGCUAUCAAUCUACCGCGUGAAGAGCAGAAAAAGAACAAGAGCGAUAAGACGGCAAAGGUGCUCUGGUGAAGCAAGCAGGGGCAAGCCCGACCAAACAAACGGAGCGUGUCGAGCGCUAAUGUUCGUGCGAGUUGCCGAAAACGUGGAUCUUGUGCAGUUCUGGACUGGUGAAGCAAAUCGAUAGCGCUUGUGUGUGUUGUGUGGUUGCGAACAAAUUCGUCGCGAGUGAAGAAUUUGUGGUGGAACCAGGUGUGCCGUAAGGAAGAGUAAGGCUCAGCGACAGCUUUUCUAGAGUGCGAUCCGUUUCAGGUGAAAAAUUAAAGGAAAGGUGCCGACAAAAGUGUGUUCUGAUCUGUGUUUGAUGGUGUGUUAGGGUUGAAAACAAAAAAAAUCAGUGCAAUUCGAGUUUGAAGGAGAUUUCAACAUCCGCAGGAGUUCUUGCCGAUUAUCGCCAUCAAAACAAAAAAGCAGUGAACGCCAUUUGGCAUCGAAGCUGAAACGCAUUCGUAGCUCAGCUGUAGUGGCAGCAACUUCAACGGAUCAUAGUUCUGUUUAGCUCCAAAUCCAUCGUUGAGAGCUUCUUCGUCGGGUCCAGCACUACAAAUUGCUCUGCCAGUUUUAUUCCUACUACGCCGCGUCCGUCUGGAAGACAUGCAUCAUUACCGUUAAAAGAUAGCCGCAAAGAACAGCAGGGUACGGAAUUCUGUGCGCCGCAAGACUGCGAAAUAAAGCGCGCCUAGGAAGAACGGAUUUAUUGCAGAAGUGUCUGUAAGAGACCGACCGCCGCCCCCCGUCUAGGCCAAACCCCGUUAAUCCUCACGCAGCAAAAAUGGUGGACUAUUACAAAAUUCUGGAUGUGUCCAGAACAGCGACAGAGGCUGAAAUAAAAAAGGCGUACAAAAAAUUAGCCCUACGAUGGCAUCCAGACAAAAAUAUGGACAAUCCAGAAGAAUCCAACAGACGGUUUAAGGAAAUUUCAGAAGCCUACGAAGUACUGUCCGAUGCAUACAAACGACACAUCUACGACAGUCGGGGCACGCGGAAAAGUGCAACCGGUACGGGUGGCGGCAGCACCGGCAGCUACACUGCCUUCACCAACCGCGACUACAGUCGCAACGGAGGCUACGACCAUUACCAUCACCAUCGUUACGGGUCGGGCAGUGGCCGGUACUACGGGUCGACCGGUGGCCGGGAGAAUGGCGGUAGCAGCAGUCGUACGUUUUCGUUUAGAGGAUUUUUUGAGACGACGCCGUUUUUCCGCUUCUUUGAGAAGAAACGACGCAUCUACGAUCAGUACGGCAAGGAUGGGCUGAUGAACAAUGGAUCCGAUCGCUACCAUCAGAGCACGCGACACCGCCGGCACAACGGUAGCAGCGGCAUGGACGACUUCGAGUUCUUCGGCUUCCCGUUCACAUUCCGCGACCCAGAGGAUGUGUUCCGAGAGUUCUUCGGUGGAUCACCAUUCGAUGAGUUGUUUAGAAUUAGUCAACCGGUGCACCAGCACGGCCGGCGGGCGAACGGCGCCACCAACGGCCAUCAUCACCAUCAUCAGCGACACUCGCACCCGCAAAACGUCAUCUCGUCACCGUUCAUGACGCCGCUGAUGAGCUUCAGCCUGAUGGAUGACUUCUUCAGCGGGGCACCGCGGGGCGGCAUGAGCUCCGUGUCCGAGUACACCAUCGGUGGGGGCGGUCCCGUCAAGCGUACCUCCACCUCGACCACCUUCAUCAAUGGCAAGAAGCUGAUGACGAAAAAGGUGUACGAGAACGGUACGGAAACCAUCAUGUCCUACGAGAACGAUGUACUAAAAUCAAAGACUGUAAAUGGGGUCGCUCAAGCUAUACCAUACAACCAUUAAUUCGCUGAGAAAUAAUUAGCCGGCUAUCCGACGAGAGGGAAAGAAAAAAAACACAGAGCUAGAGAGAGAGAGAUAGAGAGAGUGUUGCAGCGUGGCAGAGAUCGAAAGCAGCAGAAUGGAAGUAAGCAGGAUGGCUAAACAAACAAUUAUUUUCUCAUAGCUACCGUAGGAUUAGUGAUACACAUAAUAAUUAUAAUUAAUAAUAUGUAGACCAUUGCGGAUAUGUAAUGACUGUGUGUGUGUGUGUCUGUGAGCGCGCUAAAUGGAGUUCAAUUGCGGGUUUUUUGUCAUUUUUGUCGGGUGCGGUUGUUGUAAAUGAAAGGAAGAAAGGGCAAGACAGGGCACAGACAGAAUUUGCUCAGAUUCGUAGUGUGUGUGUGUGUGAGAGAGAGAGAGAGAGAGAAAGAGAGAAAAGGAAGUGGUUUUGUAGUGUGAACUGUUUUUAAAAGCAAGAAAGAUAUCACAAAACGGUCAAUGGGAAAAUCCCUAGAGCAACUACUCAGUCUCAGGCUGCAGCAGAAUGAUAAUUUUCUUUGGAAUGUGUAACGUGCAGGGUUUUUAUUUGAAUUUUGAGCCUUUAUUAAAAACCAGCUAGAAUAAAUCUCGUAGAAGUGGGAUUAGGCAUGGAUAACAAAUUUGAUUUUUGUCGGCUGCUACUUCGUUUCAAGUUUCAGCGGCCCGCGAAUCAUCGUUCAAAUUAGUUAGAAUAGUCUUUGCAACCGAUUUAAGUGAAUUAUUUGUUUGAUUUUGAAAGCAGUUUACGGAAAAUAUGUUGCUGACCGCACUGACACACACUGGAGAACGAUUUUAAUAAUCAUAUUGAGCUCUUCUCACUAGACACGAACGACGCUGUGUGUUUGGAUGGCUGUAACCUACUCAAUAUUCACAGUAAUCGUAGAAAUAAUACCACUUUAAUACAACCCACAGUAGAGAGAAUGAAGUGAGGAGGGUGAGGCAUAGCUAAGCAGUGAAUUAUCCAUAGAGAAGAAGAGAACAAACACAAAGCGAGGCAAUUGUAUUCCUGGUUCUUCAUCUAGCUAAAUAAUUUCCAAUUAGUUACUUAGUUUGUUUGCUGUUGUAAUGAAUUCAGUAUCUCCCUCGCCCCUCCCAUCUCGGAUAACUUGAGAAGGAUUGUAAAAGCAGGUGAAAAAGAGGACUCGCAAGGACAUGAUUUUGUAAUUCUUAACUAUUGCCGAAGCGAUACGCGCAUUGAACCGAUUAUGAAUUAAAAAAUACACAGACACACACCCACACACAAUACUACAUCCAUGCACCUUUAACAAAUGAGAAGAAAAGUGCUCUGCUAGUAUAAACAGUUUUUCUCUCAAUCGAGCUCUGCUGGAAAUGAGCGUAAAUUUCCUCACAAAGUGUGCAAAAAGCGCUAACGCAAAACAAAAAGCUGCUGUCUGCCACACGUGCCGCGCGCACCACGUGCUGACAUUUUUCAUCCUGCCGCGUGUGUUAGUAGAGUCGCGUUUUAGCAAAAGGAGGAAACAUAAUACACAAUACCACCACACCUGCGUGCGCGCUGUACUGUAUAAUAUGUUCAUUUAUUAAUAUUUGUUGUGUAUGUUUCGUUUGUAGGUUUAAUUUUCGAAUAAGGAUUUCGCUUAUUUUGUAAGAGCGCGCUAAACACAAAAAUAACAAAAUGAAGCGAGAGAAAGAGAGAGAUAGCGAGCGUGUGUGGAAUUUGGUGAAAGAAGUUGUGUUCGAUCGUGUGCUUGUGUGUGUGUGUGUGUGUGUUGGUCCGUAUGUGGUUCACAUGGGAGGCUCCCUUUCCCCAUUACCAAUAACGGGCAAUUUGAAAUGAGACGAAAAUACACAAAAAAUGCAGUUUAAAUCCAGA